AUGACCGGGGACGGCGAACGUACACCCUUACUCAGACAAGCUUCUUCGAGGUCAUACCGUGCAGACGAUGCGGUCUUUGCAGGCUAUGCAGCAGAGGCAGCUGUCGGUGCGAUCGCAGACGGUGCAGCCGACCCGAGUCGAGAGGAUGAACGAAAUGAUGAGGAAAGCCGGAAAAUCGACAGGAGAACUCUAGCAAUAGUGCUUAUAGGCUUAUGGGCCAGCAACUUCACGUUCGCUGUUCAAUCGUCAGCCGUUCCCACUUUGGCUCCUCGGAUAUCGGCCAGCUUUGCACAUUCAGAACUGGCAUCCUACCUAGGGUCCAUCUUUCCAUUGUUCUCUACCGCCUUUACGCCUGUGUAUGGUGUCCUACUCGACACUAUAGGAAGGAGGGGGGCAAUGGUUACUGCAGCAGUACUUUACGGCCUUGGAACCCUGGCAUGCGGUCUCAGCCCGACAAUGGGCUUGUUGAUAAGUGCUCGUGCACUCGCUGGGGCAGGAGGCGCCGGCCUUUUGACCGUCUCUGCGGUGAUCACUACAGAUUUGGUUAGUCUGCGGGAGCGGGGCUUUUACCAGGGGUUAAUGAUGAUCGUGUUCGGACUAGGCGCCAGCGUGGGAGGACCUGUAUCAGGCUGGAUCGCAGACCGUUUUUCUUGGCCGUGGGCAUUCUACGUGCAGCUACCAUUCCUCCUGCUAUCUAUCAGCGUCAUCUGCGUUUACUUGCCGGUCUCAACUCCGUCGAGGUCACAGUCCGGAUUAUGGAAGGCUCUCCGCGACUUUGACUCCGCUGGGACCCUCAUGCUGCUAGGAUCCAUAUCCUCGCUCCUACUCGCCUUUUCCAAUCACACGGCUUUCCUAUACCCUUGGUCGGAUCAUCGAGUCUGGGGUUUGCUCCUUUCUUUUGGUAUCCUUCUGUGCCUUUUCAUCGCAUUUGAAGGUUGGUUUGCCAAGAGGCCGAUCGUACCGCUAAGCCUGUUUACAGGCCAAACCUUGCCCUGCAUCUUUGCAAGCAAUUUUACAUUGAGCGUUGCUGCUCAGACAUUCUUAUUCCAUAUCCCUGUCUACUUUACGUCUGUUCUGGAUUCGACAUCUGCGACUGCUGGGGCGCAUUUACUGCCAAACAGCAUCGGAUUAGCAAUCGGAUCAAUAUUAGCGGGCCACAUCAUAAAAAAGACGGGAAAGUACACUCGCUUAUCGGCUCUUGGACUGGCGAUGCCAAUCCUAUCUAUUUAUUCCGCCUCAAAAUGGACAAGGGACACCCCAGAAUGGGCCUACUGGGCUGCCGUCUUCCCUGCGGGAUUGGGCUACAGUAUCUUCCUUUGCGCAGGUUUAGUCGCGAUGAUCGCGGCAGUCGAUCCAGCCGUAAUGCCACAGGCGACUUCUCUGUUAUACACAUUCCGCAGCCUCGGCACCACGGUCGGAAUAGCAUUGUCCAGUUCGCUGCAGCAAGCCGUCUUUGUCAACAGGCUCUCUGCAAUCUUCGCUCCACUGCACCCUCAAGAAAGAGGAAAGAUUAUAAACUCCAUUUUGCAUGCCAAAUCCGCCAUCUACACUCUGCCGCCGCGCCUGCAGGCGGAAGUCGAACAGGCGCUGGCCAACAGCAUCAGCUGGACUUUCGUAGCUGGUUGCAUCGCUGCAGUUCUGUGUCUUGCCUCCAGCUUGCCUAUCCGGGAAAGGAACCUGGAUGAGAAACACUUGAAUCCGUCGAAGCCAAUCGACCAUGAUCCAUCAGAGGGUGAGGUCUGA